GCUGGUGGGAGCCCCCCCAGGUAAAAACUGGGGCCUAAAUCCUUUGGUGGUCCUUCCUCAGGAGAACCCAUGGCUUCGGGAUCACCGACCAGUUUUUAAGAUGAAUGCAAGCUGGACAACUUUCUGAUGGGCUUUAAACUUUGAAUUGGAUGCGGACGUUUUUCUCUCAGGUGACAGAAUCACUUCUACUUCCCCUUUGUGGUCGCUUCCUUUCCUUGAAGGUAGCCGUGUCUUGUUUUCUUUAAAAACCUGUUCCUUCCACAUUUGCCUGCCAUGCCGACUGUCAUUAGCCCGUCUGUGGCCCCACAGACGGGGGCUGAGCCCAGGUCCCCAGGGCCGACUCCCCCUCCGGCCCAGGGCAAGACCACCAUGGCGGGGGGAGGCAAUCCAAGUGGCAUCUAUUCAGCCAUCAUCAGCCGCAAUUUUCCCAUUAUUGGCGUGAAAGAGAAGACAUUUGAGCAGCUUCACAAGAAAUGUCUAGAAAAGAAGGUUCUUUACGUGGAUCCCGAGUUCCCACCAGAUGAGACCUCUCUCUUUUAUAGCCAGAAGUUCCCCAUCCAGUUCAUCUGGAAGAGACCUCCGGAAAUUUGUGAGAAUCCCCGAUUUAUCAUUGGUGGGGCCAACAGAACCGACAUCUGUCAAGGAGAUUUAGGGGACUGCUGGUUUCUCGCAGCCAUCGCUUGUCUGACCCUGAACAAGCACCUGCUUUUCCGAGUCAUACCCCACGAUCAAACUUUCACUGAAAACUAUGCGGGGAUCUUCCACUUCCAGUUCUGGCGCUACGGAGACUGGGUGGACGUGGUCAUUGACGACUGCCUGCCGACGUACAACGACCAGCUGGUUUUCACCAAAUCCAACCACCGCAACGAGUUCUGGAGCGCUCUGCUGGAGAAGGCGUACGCUAAGCUCCACGGUUCCUACGAAGCUCUGAAAGGUGGGAACACUACAGAGGCCAUGGAGGACUUCACAGGAGGGGUGACGGAGUUUUUUGAGAUCAAGGAUGCUCCCAGAGACAUGUACAAGAUCAUGAAGAAAGCCAUCGAGAGAGGCUCCCUCAUGGGCUGCUCCAUUGAUGAUGGCACAAACAUGACCUAUGGAACCUCUCCUUCCGGGCUGAAAAUGGGGGAGUUGAUUGCGCGGAUGGUGAGAAAUAUGGAUAACUCGCUGCUCAGAGACUCAGACCUCCUCCCCACAGGCUCAGAUGACAGACCGACCCGGACAAUCGUUCCGGUUCAGUAUGAGACCAGAAUGGCCUGUGGGCUGGUCAAAGGACAUGCCUACUCUGUCACAGGGCUGGAGGAGACCACGUUCAAGGAUGAGAAGGUGAAGCUGGUGCGGCUGCGGAACCCCUGGGGCCAGGUGGAAUGGAACGGCUCCUGGAGUGACGGGUGGAAGGACUGGGGCUUUGUGGACAAAGAUGAGAAGGCCCGUCUGCAGCACCAGGUCACAGAGGAUGGAGAGUUCUGGAUGUCGUAUGACGAUUUCAUCUACCAUUUCACGAAGCUGGAGAUCUGCAACCUCACAGCUGACGCCCUGGAGUCCGACAAGCUUCAGACCUGGACGGUGUCCGUGAACGAGGGCCGCUGGGUGAGGGGCUGCUCUGCUGGAGGCUGCCGCAACUUCCCAGACACUUUCUGGACCAACCCACAGUACCGUCUGAAGCUCCUGGAAGAGGACGAUGACCCCGAGGACUCAGAGGUGGUCUGCAGCUUCCUGGUGGCCCUGAUGCAGAAGAACCGGCGGAAGGACCGGAAGCUGGGGGCCAACCUCUUCACCAUUGGCUUUGCCAUUUAUGAGGUUCCCAAAGAGAUGCACGGGAACAAGCUGCACCUGCAGAAGGACUUCUUCCUGUACAACGCCUCCAAGGCCAGGAGCAAGACCUACAUCAACAUGCGGGAGGUGUCCGAGCGCUUCCGCCUGCCUCCCAGCGAGUAUGUCAUCGUGCCCUCCACCUACGAGCCCCACCAGGAGGGAGAGUUCAUCCUCCGGGUCUUCUCUGAAAAGAGGAACCUCUCUGAGGAAGCUGAAAAUACAAUCUCCGUGGAUCGGCCAGUGAAAAAGAAAAAACCCAAGCCCAUCAUCUUCGUCUCAGACAGAGCAAACAGCAACAAGGAACUGAGUGUGGACCAGGAAUCGGAAGAGGGCAAAGACAAAACGAGCCCUGAUAAGCAAGAGAAACCCCCACAGCCACGGCCUGGCAACACCGACCAGGACAGUGAGGAACAGCAACACUUCCAGAACAUUUUCAGGCAAAUAGCGGGUGAUGACAUGGAGAUCUGUGCUGAUGAGCUCAAGAACAUCCUUAACACGGUUGUGAACAAACACAAGGACCUGAAGACGCAAGGCUUCACGCUGGAGUCCUGCCGCAGCAUGAUCGCCCUCAUGGACACAGACGGCUCUGGGAGACUGAACCUGCAGGAGUUCCAUCACCUCUGGAAGAAGAUUAAAGCCUGGCAGAAAAUUUUCAAACACUAUGACACAGACCAAUCUGGCACCAUCAACAGCUACGAAAUGCGGAAUGCAGUCAAUGAUGCAGGGUUCCACCUCAACAGCCAGCUCUACGACAUCAUCACCAUGCGGUAUGCAGAUAAGUACAUGAACAUCGACUUUGACAGUUUCAUCUGCUGCUUCGUCAGGAUGGAGGGCAUGUUCAGAGCUUUUAAUGCAUUUGACAAGGACGGAGAUGGUAUCAUCAAACUCAACGUUCUAGAGUGGUUGCAGCUCACCAUGUACGCCUGAACCAGGUGGGCCUCGGCCAGGCCUGGGCAAGUCCACUCAGGAUUUUAACUUCACCCAACGUAGCUACAGCCACUCACCUCAAAGGUCAAGGUAGCUGCACCCUCAACAGGCCUUCAGAUGCCUCAUCGGUCUUGUUCCUCCUCUACUUCACUCCCCACUCGGCCUCAGGGCAUCUGUCCAUCUGUCAUGCCCACACUGCCCCUUUCGUGAAGGGCCUUUGUCCCUUUGCAUGUGCAGGAAAGUGUCUGUUUGCCUCAGCUAGUUGUAGAGAGAGAUUUGCUUAGAAUCUGAGAAGCCUCAGGUCUGAAGCAAAUGCCCGCCUUGGUAUGCCCUAGGCUGUUCACAAAAGCGUUUGCCAAUGGCACUCAGUACUUCCUCUGCUAGAGCCCUCUCCCCAAUCUCCGUGUCCCACCCAUGGGACAGUCACCAAAGUAGCACUUGGGUUUGACUUUCAGUAUGGGCCCUCUCUGGGGAAAACUAGCUCAGUAAAAGAGAGCUGGGUACUUUUGGCUAACCUGUAAGUUUCGCUGCAUUCAGGAAAAUACUGAUGUAAAUAAAGGCAUGUGUAUGGCUGGC